AAAAAAAGAGUUAAUGCCUGAUGAUGAAUCCUUUGUGCUUGGCAGCUCUUGGAUUGUGCCAUUCACACUGCCAGCCCAGGUGGGAAACUUCAGGUGCUGUCUCUAAGAGGAAUAAUUAAAAAGAUAAUUUUUUUCCUGUGUGGCAGGUUCGUCUAUAUCUCUUUUACUGAAAGGUCUGCAAAAACAUCCAUGUUCUCACAGAAAACAGGCAACUGCCUUUUUGUUUUCCAGGAAGAAAUUUGAGCAGAUGGGUGAAAAGAAUUACUAAAUAACACAAAGUGCUGGUCUGAAACUGGCCGGAGACUCCUUACUAACAGCAAAAGUCCCUUGAUCCCUCUUUGCAGAGCACAUGGAACAGUCGGUCACUGGUUUGCAGACAUGGGAAGUGUAGGAGCGAGGAAAGCAAUCAGGAAUUUUGCAUCUGUCCAAACAGCACCAUGGGAAUUGUUUGGCAAAAAAACAUCCCCUGGCUCACAUUCCUGGCAGAAUUGACAGCAUCCUCACCACUCCAGAGAUUGUCUCUUCCAGUGCUGGUUCAGCCUUCAGUGCAUCCAUGGGGCACAGUGCACAGUGACUGAGCCCCUCACCCCAAGGCAAUGGUUCUGCUGGUGGCAGUAGCAGAAGUGCUGUUGGUGCUGGGUUUGGCUGUGGAGUCCCACUCACUCUGCUCACCCACCAUCUUUUACAAGAACUGCUGGAUCCGACGCUUCCCAGGCCUUCUGCUUGACCUGCAGGAAUCACAGAGGAGGGGAGCCCGCAUGCUGAAGGUUUAUGCAGAAGUCUCACCCCAACAGUGCAGCAGAACCUGCUGCCUUCUGAAGAAUGUUUCCUGCAACCUAGCAGUGUUCUACCAUGGAGCCAUCCACGAGAAUAGGAAUUGCCUGCACAUGUCUUGCCCAGCAUUGGAAAACUGCAUCCUGAAGGCUGGAAUCAAUGUCAUUUUGUACAACAUCACAACAGGGAUUGAUCCAGAUCUUCUUAUUUUUGAAAAACUGACAUCCAAAGAGCCAAAUAUUCACUCCUCACUGAGUGAAUACGAAAGGCAGAAUAGCACAAAGACCACCGAGGGGGAAAGAUGCCAACAGCACAAUGCCACAUCAAGUUCUCCUCUGCUCCAAGCUCCAGCCUCUACCACGAGCCAUGGCUUGACAUUAAACACUUACACCUCCAGCACAAGCCUCAUGGUCCAAAAAAACAAAGUUACUACUUAUUCCAGGGCAGAAACUUUUCCAACAGAUGACCAAUUUGCUAAGAGGACAAGCACAACUUCAGUAAGCACCAGGCAAGCCACCAGCUCAGACAAGGAGACCGAGCACCCAACUUUGACAUCCGGGUCUGCCGAUGGAGUAUCCCACAUGCCCACUCCUCCUCGUCUGAACAGCAGCAAACAACACCUGAAUGAAACCAAAGGCUACAGUGGUAGGAAUUCUACUUCGGAAAAUGAGGCACCUGCUUGGGAAGUGUCAGCUUUGGGAGUCUGGUUGAUUCCUGUUGUUCUUUGCUCUUCUCUCCUCUGCCUGUGCUGUUGCACUGUUGCUCUCACGACAGGGCGCUGCAGCAGCAGGAGAGGUCAAUAUAAGCCCGUAAGGAGAAGAACAAAAAUGUCAAGACAAUUCAUAAAAUAUACUACUGUCAAAAGUAAUUUGUAAAACACUUGUCAGCAUCCUUUUUAUGGAACAAAUAGGCUUUUAAAAAUGCAUCCUAUAUACCACUUUAUUUCUUUUACAGAAGCAAUGAUAUUUUUUUCAUAAUAUUUCAGUUAUAAUUUAAUUCUUGUCAGACGAAACACAA